AUGACCACCAACUCCCUGAGCACGUGUUGCGAGUCUGGUGGCCGCACACUGGCUGACUCCGGGCCUUCGGCCUCAGCCCAGGCACCUGUCUACUGCCCCGUCUACGAGAGCCGGCUGCUGGCCACCGCACGCCACGAACUCAAUUCAGCAGCUGCGCUGGGGGUCUACGGGAGCCCCUACGGCAGCUCGCAGGGCUAUGGAAACUACGUGACCUACGGCUCUGAGGCAUCGGCUUUCUACUCGCUGAACAGUUUCGAGUCCAAGGAUGGCACGGGCUCUUCACACGCCGGCCUAGCGCCCACCGCUGCUGCAGCCUACUACCCAUAUGAGCCAGCUCUGGGCCAGUACCCAUAUGACAGGUACGGGACCGUGGACAGCGGCACGCGGCGCAAGAACGCCACCCGGGAGACCACGAGCACGCUGAAGGCCUGGCUGCAGGAGCACCGGAAGAACCCGUACCCUACCAAGGGAGAGAAGAUUAUGCUGGCCAUCAUCACCAAGAUGACCCUCACACAGGUCUCCACCUGGUUCGCCAAUGCGCGCCGGCGCCUCAAAAAGGAAAACAAGAUGACCUGGCCUCCUCGAAAUAAGUGCUCAGAGGAGAAGCGGCCCUAUGGGGAGGGUGAGGAGGAGGAUGCGGUCGAGGAGGAGUCAAGGGAGGAGCCUCUCAAGAGUGCCAAGAGCGAAGGUCCCGUUGGCAAAGACGACAAGGAGUUAGAACUCAGUGACCUGGAAGAUUUCGACCCUCUAGAUGCAGAGACCUCAGAGUGCGAUCUGAAGACGCCCUUCCAGGCCCUGGACAACGGACCAGAGAGGAUUCCUGCCUCAUCUGAUGGCCCUGGCCCAGGCAAGGAGGCCUCCACCACACUCCGGAUGCCUCUUGGCACCCCUGGUGGAGCUGCCAUAGAUGAGGACCUGGAGAGGGGCCGGAGCUGCCUCCGGAGCACAGUGGUUGCGCCAGAUUCUGGUUCUGAGGGCGGCCCACGGGUCUGCGAAGCCAAACUGAGCUUUGCCCCAGCGGGGGCGCCGCCGAGCCUAGAGACCAAGCCGCGCAUCUGGUCCUUGGCUCACACAGCCACCGCUGCCGCAGCCACAGCUCUGAACCAGACUGAGUUUCCCUCUUGCAUGCUGAAACGCCAAGGUCCGGCGGGGGCAUCCUCAGCGCCGCCGGCGUCCUCGCCUGCAGUUCCAGCCCCCUCGGGAGCCCUAGAAAGGCACCAGGACUCCCCAGUAACUAGUCUCAGAAACUGGGUGGACGGGGUAUUUCACGAUCCCAUCCUUAGGCACAGCACUUUGAACCAGGCCUGGGCCACCGCUAAGGGCGCACUUCUGGAUCCCGGCCCUCUAGGACGUUCUCUGGGGGCGGGCGCCAACGUACUGACUACGCCUCUGGCCUGCUCCUUCCCGCCCACGGUGCAUCAAGAUGCCCCACCUGUGGGGGCUGCCCGGGAGCUGCUGGCUACUCCCAAAACCGGUGGCAAACCCUUCUGCACUUAACACCCACCUGCACAGUGGAGAAAGGAACUGGCGCUCAGGCUGCAGGCGCUGACUCUGGACUGUUUUUAAUGGGUUUCCAAAGGAAGGGGGCAUUUCCAAGCCAAGGAUGCUAUCCUAUCUAAGGCAAAGGAUCUGAACUCAGGCUCUCGGGCAAUGGAAGAACCCUCUUGCAUUCUAUCACCAGGUUUCACCUGAUCUUGUGUCCACCUGAACCAUCCCUGAACUCCAGGAAGACAAGAGAACACUCUCAAAGCAGAGGAGAGCCCCCCUAAAGAGUAAAGUUUACAUCCAAAGUUUACAUGGAGAAGGCAUUUGGGUUCUGAGGUUUGUUUUGUGUCGCCAUCUCCUUCUGGGUUUGAGGCAUGCCGGUGUUCAUUAGGAAGACUCCUCAACCUGCUUUUCUUCAGACUUCAUCCUCAGCACAUAAAGCUCACCAACAACACUCCCACCAUGUUUACACUGUUGCACACUCUUGACUCAACAAAAUUAUGUUUUCUAAGAUGUAU